ACAACAAUGGUGACAGACGUGCAGUUGGCCAUCUUUGCCAACAUGCUUGGCGUGUCCCUGUUCCUGCUGGUGGUGCUGUACCACUACGUGGCCGUCAACAACCCAAAGAAGCAGGACUAGGAAAUAAUUUGGACCCUUGGCAGAUGGAUAUCAUCACCAUCGCCCAGGAAAUAACCCCCCCCCCCCCUCCAAAAAAUGAUUUCCUAAAUAUUGUGCAGUAGUUUUUUUUUUCUAAAUAAAAAUGCAAAAAAAAAAAGUAUCUGUAUUGGUUUUA